ACCCUGAAAGUAAUUUAAUUAAAUCUGUUUCUAUAAAUUUGUCUUUUCUAAUUGACAAAACAAAAGAUCAGCUAAGAUGUCAAUAUGAUUAAAUAUAUUUUUUAUUAUGUAAUUCUUUUGUAAAUUUGUUUUUAUUUUUCCCCUGGGGGGGUGGGGUAAGGGAUGCACAAGUUUAAAGAUUCAGUACUGCCUGACAUGUUUAUACAAAAUACAGCAGUCCAUUAAUUAUCAUGCACUGAUGAAAAAUGAAAUGUUUUUAUUAAAAUCUCAGGUAGUAGUCAUUGUACAUACACCAGAAGCUGAUUCAAUUUUGGAGCCAAUCCAGUUCAUAUGAUCACCGCAGUUAACUGAUCUUAAAAAACAAAAAUGCCAAUGCUGAGAAUCAUUCACAAAACACCCUCAGUGCUAAUCGAUCUUGCUAGAGCUUGAGGCCAGUGGUAUCAUUUUACAACAGGGAGUUUCUUAUCUCUUAUUUAGAUAAGCGAUAACAAAAAGAGUGUUGGAACAUUUAUCAUUUUCAUGAUAACAUUCAAGUUCAAAGAUUCUUUCAGCAAAUUAUAUUUCCCCUUCAAGCUAAAAUCACCUAAAAUGGUUUAAUUCAUAAUCCUAAACUCUAAGAAAACUAAACUAAAAUCCUGCUGUUCCAGUAACAUGUUCUGUCCUUGUUUUGGAUGGGUUUUAUUGUGGACAGCAUGAAGCAGAGUCUUUUAUUGUGAAAAGCUGCUCAGAGUCCACAGCUGCACUCUUGCAUAACAUGAAAUUAUUUAUGCCUGAAGUGGAUCACGUAAAAGACGGCUGCACGAAACAAGCUGCAUUCAAGUUUGCUCUGGUUUUCCCUAUUGCAGCUGUGCACAACAGAAAAGAAGUAAAUAUGCAGAAGAUUAUUACAAAGAAUGGAUCAGAAACUCUUGAACCUGUGAAAGCUCAAGUGAAAGGAUUACUCCCUUCCUGGCUACAGGGCACUCUACUGAGAAAUGGACCCGGCCUUUUCUCUGUGGGCAACUCUGAAUUCAACCACUGGUUUGACGGCUUGUCGCUCCUCCACAGUUUCACCUUCAGCAAUGGUGAGGUGACCUACAGAAGCAAAUAUCUGAAAAGUGACACAUAUAGGAGAAACAUCAAGGCAGACAAGAUCGUCGUCUCAGAAUUUGGGACCAUGAUUUACCCAGAUCCCUGCAAAAACAUCUUCUCCAGGGCAAUGACACACUUUCGCAACGUCAUCUCUGACUUUACAGACAACAACUUGAUCAACAUAAUCCGCUAUGGUCAGGACUACUACGCCUCCUCUGAGGUGAACUACAUCAACCAGAUUGACCCGGAUACUUUGGAAACUGUUGGCAGGGCAAACUACAGGAACCACAUCGCUCUGAACUUAGCAACAGCCCACCCUCACUAUGAUAAAGAGGGCAACACCUAUAACAUGGGUACUGCUAUCAUUGGUCUUGGGCGGCCAAAAUAUGUCAUCUUCAAAGUCCCAGCAGACGCCUCAGAUAAAGAACACAAAAAGCUGGCUCUGAGGAAAGUACAGCAGGUCUGUUCGAUUCCUUUUCGGUCCACUAUGUUCCCAAGCUACUUCCACAGCUUUGGGAUGACCGAGAACUACAUUGUGUUUGUGGAGCAGCCCUUCAAACUGGACAUUGUCAAACUCGCAACCGCCUAUUUUAGAGGAAUCAACUGGGGGAAGUGCCUCAAAUUUGAUGAGAACGACAAUACUUAUUUCCACAUCAUCAACAAAAAUACAGGAAAAGCUGUGUCCACUCGUUUCUAUGGAGAUGCUUUGGUGAUUUUCCACCACAUCAACGCCUAUGAGGAAGAUGGACAUGUGGUUUUCGACAUCAUUGCCUACAAGGAUAGUAAUCUGUACGACAUGUUCUACCUCCACAACAUAAGACAAGAAACCAAAAGCUUCAUUGAGAAAAACAAGUUGUUCUCCCCACCAGUUUGCCAGAGAUUUGUUUUGCCACUUAAUAUCCAGAAGGAAUCCCCCAAAGGAACUAAUCUUGUGACAUUAGCGGACACCACAGCUCAGGCAUUGAUGCAGGAGGAUGGGUCCAUCUACUGUCAGCCAGACAUACUUUUUGAAGGUUUGGAGUUGCCAGGGAUUAAUUACAACUUCAACACCAGGAAGUACAGAUACUUCUACGGCUCCAGGUUGGAGUGGUCUCCCCACCCCAACAAGAUCGCCAAAGUAGACAUCAACACCAAGACUCACAUUGAGUGGCAUCAAGAGAACUGCUACCCUUCAGAGCCGGUGUUUGUUGCAUCUCCAGGAGCAGAGGAGGAAGAUGAUGGAGUCAUCCUGUCAUCCAUCAUUUCUUCAGAAACCGACAUUUCUCCCUUCCUGCUUGUCCUCAAUGCCAAAACCUUUGAGGAGAUCGCCCGGGCCUCCAUUCCUGCCCCGGUCCACAUAGACCUUCAUGGACUUUUCAUCCCUGCAGCCGACUGACUACAUCCUCUGGAGACAUUUUUCAACAUACAGCCUUGUCUUCACAUUUCUGAAAAUGUGCCUUUAUUCACAAGACACAAAGAAGUGACAGCAUCCUUAACUUAAAUUUUUAUAUUAUUUAAAAAAAAACACAAAUAGUGGUCUAGGGAGAGAAAAUUAAGCUAAAUUUGGAUGAAAUAUUCAUGUCGAAUGAGCAACAUCAAUAAUAAGAGCCUGUUUUGCUACUUUUGUGACUGAAAUGGCCUUCAGAAGACAAAUUCUGAAUGCAAGAAGAAUAUUUGGAAGAGUCAAGUUGAAGCUUUCAGACCAAGAACCCCGAACCAAGUGACAUUUUAAAAUCUUCUGACAGUCACUAUGCUAUGAUGCUGGCAUAUGAUCGAUGGAUGAGGAUUACCAUACAGUUCUUCACGUCACCUUAAAUCAGCAGCUAUGUGAAUGAAACCUGGACACAUUCGAGUGUUCAAACAGAACCAUUAACCCAAACACACAUUACAACAGCUUUCUGAUAGGAUAAAUUAGGAUAGCAUUAAGCUUGUUGGAUGCUGUUCUCAAAGUUUUACCUCAACCUGAUUGAAAUCAUGUGAGCUGUAACCCUGCAUGGAAAAACAAGUAAAGGAAAUGGAUGAAUCAUAGUUAAGAAACAGGUCCAUGCAGGAAACCAACCAAUCUAAUUGAACUCUACUAAUUAUUCCAAGAAGAACGGUGCUCAAAUCUAUAGCCACAAUUCUGCCAGAAGAUUGUUAAUGAAGACAUAUGUGGUUCAGGUGCAACUUGUCAAAAGACAUUUAACCAAAUAUUAUUGAAUGCAUGGAUACAUUUUGACCCUGUAUGUAUGUAUAAUUAAGACCGUAUGGGUUUGAAAAAAAAAAUAAAUAAAUAAAUUCGAA